AUGUUUAUUAAAAUUGGUUGGUUUCCACUAAUUUUUAUUAAUCAAUUUUUCACUAUGCCAUUUUCUAAAAUCAUGUUACUAAAUAUCAAAAAAUGUAAAAACACAACCUCUGUUAUGUUUUCAAACCACUCUUUUUAUUAAAUUUUUUUUUAUUUUAACAAAAAAUGGCAGAGAAUGUUUUGCACUGUGCAACCAAUUUUUAAAGCUGCACAGUGCAAAAAGUCCGAGGACUUUUGACUUUUUUUACGAAGUGGAUGUAAGAGCAUGACCUUAGGUAUAGAUUUGAUAUGGAGUUUUUAAAAUUUUAUGUUUUGUUUUAGUAAAAUGAAUUUUUGAAAAUUGACUGCACGGUGCAGCGAAAUUAGGUUGAUUGCACCGUGCAAAGGCUACUUUAUGGUUUUUAAUGGUUUUAAUUAAAAAAUGUAUUAAGAAUAUGAAUUUAAGGUUUGACAUAGGUAAAGCAUUUUUAAUAAAAAUUUUAGGCAAUUUUAUGUUUAUUGAAUAUUAUUCUCGUAUUUUACCUCGUUUUACCUCAAAAUCACUGCCUAAAACACUAAAAACUUGUUUUUUCAGAUCUCAAAAUGAAGUUACUGGUAUCAACUAUCGUAUUAUCUAUAAUCCUUUUUAUAAAAUGUCAUAGUGAGCAAGAUGUGACGAAAAAUCCGAAGAAAUACCUGAUUUUUGGGGUUAAUAUAGGAGAAGGCUUCAAUUUACGAAGGGAUGUCUACAGUAGGAUUGCUAAUACAGUACGGCAAUUGAGGAAGAAAGGUAGGUGAUAUACUUGGUUAUCAUGUAAAAUUAAUGUUUUUCGUUUUGGAAACAAAGUUUUGGUUAUAUUCGAUUUGUAAAUAAAGUCUCUGCCGUUUUUCAUUAUGUAAAGAAAGUUCUUGCCAUUUUAUGUUUUGUAAAGAAAGUUCUUGCUAUUUUUUGUUCUGUAAAGAAAGUUCUUGCCAUUUUUCAUUCUAUAAAGAAAGUUCUUUCUAUUUUACGCUUUAUAAAGAAAGUUCUUGCCGUUUUAUAAUCUGUAAACAAAGUUCUUGCCAUUUUUCUCAUUUUAUCACAAUUUCAGGUCACAAUUACCGCCUAGUCCUACCACCAUUUCAUUCCCUCUUCCAUUGGCGGCACAAAUCAAAGGAACAACCUUUUUAUAAGUGGGCAGAGUUCUUCGACCUUGAGGCUAUGAACCAGUUUGUACCAGUAAUGGAACUAGAAGACUUUAUCAAGGGUAACUUUUAUCGUUUUUUUGGUUUGUAAAGAAAGUUCUUGCCAUUUUUUGUUUUGUAAACAAAGUUUUGGCUAUUUUUAAGAGAGUUUGAAAACUGAAAGUUGAGUGGAAGAUUUGUAAUGUAAUUUGCACUGAAAAUCUUCCACCCAACUUCCAUUUUUUAAAAGUCUUAAAAUGGUUGGAAAACAUGUUUUUGACACUUUUUAAAAGUGGAAGUUUGAUGGAAGAUCUUUAGUGCAAAUUACAUUACAAAUCUUCUACUUGACUUCCACUUUUUAAUGGUCUUAUUUUAUGAUUUGUAAAGAAAGUUCUUGCCAUUUUUUAUUUUUUAAAGAAAGUUUUUGCAAUUUUACACUUUGUAAAGAAAGUUUUUGCCAUGUUUUGUUUUGUAAAGAAAGUUCUUGCAAUUUUAAGCUUCGUAUAGAAAGUUUUUGCUAUUUUACGUUUCGUAAAGAAAGUUUUUGCUAUUUGUCCUGGACCGCAAAAUACGUCGUAUUUUACUAAAAAAAAUUUUAGAAAACGGUCCAAUAGCGGACACGGUGCUAUACCUACAACAUUAUGAAGAAGGCUGGGGAGAGAACUUUGAAAUGAAAUUUGAUAUUCGACCAUGUAUUGAUGGGAACGUUUACUACACGAUUAAUGAACAGACUGGGCGAUGGUAAGAAAGUUUUUGCCAUUUUUUGUUUUGUAAAGAAAGUUCAUGCCAUUUUUUGUUUUGUAAAGAAAGUUCUUGCCAUUUUUGGUUUUGUAAAGAAAGUUCUUGUCAUUUUGCUUUAUUUUAACAUUAUUUUAGGCUCCCAUAUCUAUCAGCACUGUUGCAAAUCGAGUUUAACAAAAUGAAAUGUUUGUCGAUUCAAGGCCAAAGCUCAACCUUAACCGAAGCCAUUUUAAAAUCAGAGCCGGAGUCGUAAGUUUUUUAUUGUUUUUAUUUUUUACAUAAGAAAUAUAUCGAUUUUUAAAAAUCGAUAAUUUUUGUGACAUUUCGUCAAAUUUUGGAAACACGUUGUAUAAGAAAAGUGGAUCGUCGUAUUUUACAAAUUUAAGGUUAUUUUUACUGUUUUACGCUAUUUUUAACCUUUUGCAAAAAUCAAUAAUUUUUGUGACAUUUCGUCAAAUUUUGAAAAAACGUUGAGCUUGUCGUAUUUUAUUAAUUUACGGUUAUUUUUAUUGUUUUUAUGCUACUUUAAAGCAUUUUUAAAAUCCAAUAACUUUUGUGACAUUUCGUUACAUUUUACCUUUUUGCUUAAAUCUGUAAAGUAAAAUACGUUUCUUUGGUCUUGUUCUAUUGUAUUAGUUAUAAAACUUUACAUUUUAUACGUUUUUUUAGAAAAAAUGUCUUAAUCGACCGUUCGGAAACGAUAUUACAUGACCAUUUCGGAGACAAGUUCUAUUGGGAUGCGAGAAGAUCAAUGCGAUACGCCAAGAAAUUGGUUGAUAUUGGAGAUGAAUUUAGGUAAAAUACGCGCAUCUCCAUUCUUUUGUUGAAAAAUGGCAAGAACUUUGUUUACAAAACAAAAAAUGGCAAGAACUUUCUUUACAAAACAAAAAAUAGCAGGAACUUUCUUUACAAAACAUAAAAUGUCAAGAACUGUCUUUACAACACGUAACAACGGCAUUUUUUAGAAGUGCAAGAUUUGUAAUGUAUUUUCCACUGAAAAUCUUCCAUUUUCUUUUUUUCUUUAUUUGAUGCCAUUUUUAAUGUAAUGUACAACAAAUAAUGAUGGAAAACAUUUCAGAAGGACCCACCUUAACUCAACAGACCAAAAUGACAAAACAUAUCUACCCUCAAGCUGGCUAGAACACGAGCCAAAGCCAGGCCAAGCCAUUGGUGGACCCUACUUGGCCGUUCAUUGGCGUCGCCGUGAUUUCAUUCACGCCCAUUCGAAAAAAGUACCAUCUGUGGAUGGUACUGUAACUCAGGUGGUACGGAAGCUGAAAGAGUUGGAUUUGGAUACUGUAUUUAUUUGCACUGAUGCUGAAGAUGGGGAGUACGGUAGUUUGAGGGAGAAAUUGGAGCAAAAUGGAGUUAGAGUGGUCAGGUUUGAAGAUGACAAGAUGGCUCCUGGCCAAGAAGCUGUUGUUGAUCAGGUAGGACAUUGAUGUUUGGUUGAUACGCGGUGUUGUUGGGUAGAUUAGGUAAGGUAAGGAUUGGGUACGGUGGGGUAAUGCAAGGUACGGUAGUAUAAGGCAGGGUAGGGUAGGGUAGCGAAGGGUAGGGUAGGUUAAAUUAUGCUAGGGUAGGGUAGAGUAGUGUAAAGUAGGGUAAGGUACGUUAGGUUAGAGUAGGUCAAAUCACGGUAAUAGAAAGUACGGUAAGGUAUGGUAGGGUAUUAUGGAGGUACGACAGGCAGAGCGGAGUAUUGUAAUAUAAGUUAGGGUAGGUUAAGCUACUAAAGUGUAAAUUUAGGUAAAAUACGGCAGAACUUCAUAGGAUUAUGUUAUGUUAGGGCACGGUAAAGUUUGAGCGAGUUUACGUUAGGUCAGGGUGGGGCAUAGUAAAUUUGGGUAUGAUAGAGCACGAUGAGAUUGGGUGGAUGCAGGGUAGGGUAGUGAUAUAAUGAAAGGUAUUGGGAGUAUGGGCUGAAAGUGACAUCUUUUACGAUGAAACAUGUUUUUUGGUAGGGUAGUGUAGGGUAAGGGAGGAUACGGUAGAGUAAAGUAGAGUAGGGUAGGUAUGGUAAGGUAGGGUGUGAUAGGCUGGAGAAGGGUUUUGUAGGGUAAAGUAGAAUAGGGUAGGGAAAGGUAACGUACGGUAAGGCAGGGAAGGGCAGGGUAAAAUACGGAUGGAAUAGCUGUUAAAUUUUUAAUUACGAAAUCAUUUUUAAAUUAGGUAAGACGUGUUUAAAUUGCUAAACUAAUUAAUGUGCCUACUUAUUUAAUUACGUAUUAUAAUUUCAUAAUUAAUAACUGAUAAAGCUGAUUAUUAAUUUGAUUUUUACAAAAGUAGAUCAUGGGGGUGGUAAAUAACUUAAUAUUAUGAAAUUAGUCAUCAAUAUCAGUAUUUAAAUAGCCUUUUUUAGCUAUACGUUUUGAAACUUUUUUGCUACACUUUUCUUAUCAGUCACAAUAUUUUUUAAAAAUUUUUUUUAAAAUAAUUUUUUAAAUUUAAAAAAAAUUUUAAAUUUUAGUGGAUCGCCGCUCACGCCCGCCACUUUAUCGGUACCCAUGUCUCAACAUUCAGCUACAGAAUCCAUGAAGACCGCGAGAUUCUAGGCUUCGACCCAAAAACAACAUUCAAUGACCUAUGUCCAGAUGAUGACAUUAAUUGUGAACAACCAGCUAAGUGGACCAUUAAGUACCAGUUGGAUCCAUAUUGGCAUAAAGAUGAAUUUUGA